AUGAGAGGCUUUUACAGAGGUUAUUACGGUCCACAUCCAUUUAGAUUUGGAGGGUUUUUCUUAUUCAUAGGAGCAUUUAUGUUGGGUAGAAUUACUGCUAAUCAUCAUAAUUACUAUAAUCAUUGGGGUCAGCAAGGAACGUGUAACUCAAGAAUCAAUGGGGUGCAAAAUCAUCAUUAUGGCUGCCAAUGUCCAACAUGUAUUCAUAAUGCACAAUUCAAGGAUAUCGACGAGGAUCAGUGGAAACAAAGAAAAAUUAUAAAUCAUGAGGUUGAGCACAACAAAAACUUUUCCUAA